AUGGGCGAAGGGCGACUGCAGUGGGGGUUCUGCGCCGGGAAGCGCCUCCUUCGCACCGGGAAGACAAGGUUGUGUCGCGUCUGGCCGAGAGGCGGCGGGGCCAGGGCGUCGCGCUUCCUGCUCGGGCUCUUGGUGCACGCGUGGCUGUGGGCGGCCUCGGGCUCAUCGGCCCAGGUGUUCAACCUCAGCCUCUCUGUGGACGAGGGGCUGCCCCCCGACACGCUGGUGGGUGACAUUCGCGCGGGGCUGCCCGCCGCUCAGCAGCAGGACGGAGGCGGCUUUUUCCUGUCCGAGGACUCCGAUGAUUCCCCGCUGCUGGACGCCUUCCAUGUGCACUCAGACACCGGCAUCAUCCGCACGGCGCGGCGCCUGGACCGCGAGCAGCGCGACCACUACAGCUUCGUGGCGGCCACGCUGCUGGGCGCCGUGGUGCAAGUCGAAAUCCGCGUCAACGACGUGAACGACCACUCGCCCCGCUUUCCCCAGGAGUCCCUGCAACUCGAUGUCUCCGAGCUAAGCCCGCCUGGCACCGUCUUUCGCCUGCCAGGGGCCCACGACCCCGACGCCGGGCUGUUCAGCACACAGGGUUACACCUUGGUGCAGCCGGCCCACCUGCCCGAGGAGCUCACCGGACCGCUUUUCCAGCUGCGCUACGGGACUCCGGGGUCGGCCUCUUCGUCGCCGUUGGAGCCCCUAGACCUGGUACUGCUGCAGCGCCUGGACCGAGAGGCGGCGGCGACGCACGAGCUGCAGAUCGAGGCGUGGGACGGCGGUCGCCCGCGGCGCACGGGCCUCCUGCGCGUGGAGCUGUGCGUGCUGGACGAGAACGACAACCCGCCCAUCUUCGAGCGGGACGAAUACCGCGCCGCGGUGCGCGAGGACGCCCCGCCGGGCACUGAGGUGUGUCACCUACGCGCCACCGACCGCGACCUGGGGCCCAACGGCCACGUGCGUUACAGCGUCCGUACACGGUCAGGGUCGGGCGCUGGAGGAGGCAGUGGGGACACGGCCUUCUUCGAGGUGGAUGAGCUGAGCGGCGUGGUGCGGGUGCGGAGGCCUCUGGACCGCGAAGCGCAAGCCUGGCACCAGCUGGUGGUCGAGGCCCGGGAUGGUGGCGCUGAACCCGAGGUGGCCACGGUGCGCGUGUCCAUUGCCGUGCUGGACGUGAAUGACAACCGGCCCACCAUCCACGUGCUCUUUCUCACAGAGGGCGGCGUUCCCCGCGUCUCCGAGGGCGCCCGACCCGGCGACUACGUGGCUCGCGUCUCAGUAUCCGACGCCGACGGCGACCAGGAGAAGGUAGAGGACGCAGCGGCGAGGGAGCUGAGUGCAGGUCUCGGGAGUGCAAGCGUGUCGCUGUCCCUGCAGGGCGGGGAGGGCGUCUUCGCGCUGCGUCCCGGAGGCUCCUCAGGGUUAUUUUUCCUUUGCGUGGAGGGGCCCCUAGACAGGGAGAACCGUGACCUGUUCGACCUACGACUUGUGGCCACGGAUGCGGGGUCCCCGCCGCUGAGCACCGAGGAAACCGUGCUGCUCCGGGUGGCCGACCUCAAUGACCAGCCGCCGGUGUUCAGCCGGGAGCGUUACCGGGCCUCUGUGUCCGAAGCUGCAGCUCCUGGCACAGCGGUGCUGUGGGUCAGUGCCUCGGAUGCUGAUGAGGCCGGUACUGAGCAUGCCCGGCUUCGUUACUCUCUGGAGCAGCUCUCGCCUCACUGCACCGCCGAGGCCCCGCCGCCCACCGGCCAGUGUGGGCCGUAUUUCACCAUCGAUCCCGACAGUGGCGUCAUCAGCACCGCGCGCACUCUGGACCGAGAGGUCCAGGAGUCUGUGGAGCUGCGAGUGAUGGCCCAGGACCUCGGAGAGCCCCCGCUGUCUGCGACCUGCCUGGUGAGCCUCACUGUGGAGGAUGUGAAUGACAAUGAGCCCGUCUUCGGCAGGCAGGUGUACAAUGUCACUCUGGCUGAACAUGCUCCUGUAGGCCACUGCUUCCUGCAGGUGAAGGCCUCCGAUGAGGAUGCCGGGCUCUAUGGCCUUGUGGAGUAUGAACUUUACAACGGGUUCCAAAGCCAGGAAGCUCCUCACGCAUUCCGCAUUGACCCUGAGGAUGGGCGGAUCUGUGUUUCUCAAGAUAUGGACAGGGAGAGGGAUCCAGCCACCUACGAUCUCCUGGUGAAAGCAAAGGACGGGGGUGGACUGAGCGCCCAGGCUUUUGUCCGUGUGGAGCUGGAAGAUGUGAAUGACAACCGUCCCGUGUUUAACCCAUCAACCUAUGUGACAAGCAUCAGCAGGCAGACUCCGCCAGGCACCGAGAUCAUUAAUGUUCUGGCGACUGACAGGGAUGCUGGGCAUUUUGGAGCAGUGGCUUACGCGCUCCUUCCGGGAGAGCUCUCAUCCCUUUUCACCAUUGACUCAACCACAGGAAUUAUCUACUCAGCAUCAAUGCUCAGUCAUUUGGAAUCUGCCACACUGUUGUUGAUAGUCAGUGCUCAGGAUGGCGGUGGGCUCACAGCUGACACAAAUGCUCACGUCACUCUCCACCUUCUCCAGACCAUGCUGGCACCUGCUGAGUUUGAAAGGCCCAAGUAUACGUUCUCAGUUUAUGAAGAUGUGCCCAUCAACAGUCUUGUUGGAACAGUGAAAGCAAGAGAGCACUUGAAUUCUUCAGCACCAAACGAGUACAGAAUUUCCUCUGGGAACCUGGAUGAAGCCUUCUCCAUUCACCCGUGGCUGGGCACCAUUCACACCCGGAAGCCUUUGGACCAUGAAACACAGCCCGUGGUGGUGCUCACGGUGCAAGCGCAGCUGGCUGGCUCAUCAGCCUGCAGUAACACAGAAGUCAACAUCACUGUCAUUGACGUCAAUGACAACCACCCCACCUUUCUCACAGCCUCAGAUGAGAUUAAAAUACCGCAGAGCACUGCUCCUGGCACAGCCCUCUACCUUGCACGUGCAGAGGACAAAGACAGUGGGCUAAAUGGGUUCAUCCGCUACAGCAUCGCCAGCCCAAAUCCCAGCGUCUUUGCCAUCCACAGAGAGCUUGGCGUGGUACACCUCAGUGCGAGCCUGGCCGGUGAUGGGCUACGUAACCACACGCUCACUGUCAAGGCCCAGGACCUGGGUGCUCCUCCUCGGGCAUCGUUCUUGGUCUUGACAGUGGUUGUAGAGCCUCAAGAUCAAAGCCCACCUUUGGCUUUUCAAAACUUGAUCUAUCAAGUGGAAGUUAGUGAGUCUCUGUCACUGAUGACACAACUCCUGCAAAUACAGGCCUUGCCAUGUGGCCCCCAGGCCACAGCCUCUCAGCCUGCAUACUCCCUGGAGCCUGGCUUAAGCUCUGCCGUGUUCGGGAUCCACCCUUACACAGGCUGGAUUUAUCUGCGACGACAGCUUGACUAUGAGUCCAUACAAACAUAUAGUUUCAGAGCCUUUGCCUGGAUCCCAGAGGAUAGAUUACCGCAAAAUGUGAGCACUUCAGUCAUUGUUCAUGUCCUGGAUGAGAAUGACAAUCCCCCUACCUUCUUGCAUGGUGUGUUGUUUUUGAAAGUUGAAGAAAGCCCUGUUCCCCAAGGGGUACUAGGCAAAAUUACAGCAGUUGAUGCAGACUCUGGAAGGAAUGGCCAGCUCUCCUAUUUCCUUUUGUCUGAUGGAAAAUUCUUCAAGAUGAAUCCCAAUACAGGUGAAUUGAUGAGCUGGCUGGCACUGGAUCGGGAGCUUCAGAUGCACCACCAGGUGACUGUCCUGGUGACUGACCAUGGCUCCCCUCCGCGGAACGCCACCACCACAGUCCACAUCACAGUGUCCGACGUCAAUGAUAACAGACCGUUUUUCCCGCAGUGUCUCCCUGCAGGAGAACUGCACAUCAAGGUUCUGGAAGGGCAGCCCAUAAACAUGUUGGUUACAACUGUGUUUGCGAAGGAUCUGGAUGAAGGCAACAACGCGGAAGUUACAUACUCAGUCUUUUCAGGAGAUGAUUCUGAUCACUUUAAGAUUGAUGCCAACAGUGGUGAAAUAAGAACAACCAGGAUGCUUUCCUAUGCUUACCGACCCUCCUUCAAGCUGAUUGUGGUGGCCAGUGAUCAGGGAAUUCCUCCUCUCCAGGGCCAGGCAAUUAUUAAUAUUCAGGUGAUCCCGCUCCCCAAAGGGAGUGCUAUCAUUUCUCAGAUUAUUAGACAUUUAGUCAUACCAGAGAACUGGAAGCCUGCAAAAAUACUGAGCUUGAUCAAGUCACCUGACCACCUUCAACAGCAUCGUCAUGGAAAGCUACAUUUCAGUAUUGUUGCAGAUGACAAGGAGGGCCCCUUUGAGAUUGACAGCACAACAGGAGAUGUGUUCCUUGCUAAAGAACUUGACUACGAAAUGACAUCCCAUUACCUUUUCAGAGUGGUCACUAAAGACUAUAGUCAAGACCCAGCCCCGACUAGCACCAUUUUCUUCAGUAUUGAUGUGGAAGACCAGAAUGACCAUUCCCCAUCUUUCCAGGAUGACUUCAUUGUGAUCAGUGUGGAAGAGAAUGUCCCCGUGGGGACACUGGUGCAUGUCUUCAAUGCCAAAGAUGGUGACGGCAGCUUUCUAAACAGCAGGGUUCAGUACUCCAUCGAAUCCCACCACCCCGGAGUGAAUCCUUUUCUCAUCCACCCCUCCUUUGGCACGCUGGUCACCUCGUCUGCCCUAGAUAGAGAGAGUGUUGCAGCUGUCAGCCUGACGGUAACUGCGUCUGAUCAAGCUGUGAACGUGACGGACCGGCGAGUGGCAUCACUCACCGCCAGAGUAGUGAUUCUGGAUGUAAAUGACCACAGCCCCACUAUUACAUCUUUCCCCAUUGUCCAAAUCCGAGAGGAUGCAGUGCUGGGCUCCCGGGUGCACUGGAUCACUGCUAAGGAUCCAGAUGAAGGAAGAAAUGGACAAGUGACAUACAGUAUCCUCUCAGGAAAUGAAAACCUGACCUUCAUGUUAGACAAAUCAUCAGGCUUUCUAAGCACUGCCUGCUUCUUGGAUUACGAAACUCAAGCUCAGUACUUGCUGACCCUCCUGGCACUGGAUCAUGGUGCCCCAGCACUGUCAUCAACCCAGACGUUGACAAUCAAUGUCGUUGAUGUAAAUGACGAGGCCCCAGUGUUUAAGCAGCGCAUAUAUGAGGCUUCAGUGAAAGAAAAUCAAAACCCGGGGGAGUUCAUCACAAGGGUGGAAGCCGUGGAUGGAGACUCAGGAGUCAAUUCCAAGCUUCAGUUUGAAAUCCUGCCAGGUGCAUCAUCUGACUUGUUUGAGAUAAAUCCUGAUACCGGGGAGAUUGUCACCACCACCAUGUUUGAUAGAGAACUUCAGGAAGUCUUCACCCUUCGAGUACUUGUGCGAGAUGGAGGAGUCCCUUCCUUGUCAGGUACCACUACAGUUCUCUGCAUCGUUGAAGAUGUAAAUGAUCAUGCACCAGAGUUUAUCACCCCCCGUCAUGACAUUGAGAUUCCUGAAAACCUAGAACCAGCGAUUAUCUACACUGUUUGGGCCUCUGAUAUGGAUGCUGGCAAUAAUGGAGCUGUCACCUAUCACAUAAUUGGUGGAAAUACUGAUGAGUACUUUGCCAUUCAUGAAACAUCAGGAGAACUGUCGACCACUCGUGCAUUGGACCGGGAGCAAGUCAGUUCUUUCACCCUUGUCCUGCUGGCCUCGGACCUGGGUGUUCCCCUCAGGAGCUCCAUACUGCAGGUGCACAUCAGGGUUUUGGAUGACAAUGACCACAGCCCUGCCUUUCCCAUUCUGCACUACCAGGCCUCUGUGGCAGAAGAUGCUCAGGUGGGAACGCCAGUGCUCAUGCUGUCUGCUGUGGAUGAGGAUGAAGGCCUGAAUGGGCACAUUGAGUAUUUUCUCAUGGAUGUAGCUUCCGGUACAUUCACCAUUGACCACACAACAGGCACACUGAGAACUGGCCAUACUCUGGACCGAGAAGCCAGAUCUGAGCAUACAUUCAGGGCAGUGGCCAGAGACCAUGGCAUGCAGGGCUCAAGGAGCACAACCGUCACUGUCACAGUGCAUGUCACGGAUGUUAAUGACAAUAAUCCUGUUUGGGGACAGAAUCCCUCUGAUGUUCUUCUUUCCUCUUGGUCACUUCCAAACCAGAAGGUUGCCAUCCUGAGAGCCAAUGACCUUGACUUGGGGCCCAAUGGAACUGUGAUUUUCUGUUUUGCAGAGACUCAAUCCAUGUUUUCUAUUGACCAACAUACAGGAGAAAUCAAGUUGAAGCAAAAUCCGUCCCAAGAAAAUUUCCCCAUGUGGUUGCAUUUAAGGGUUACAGAUCAAGGGGUCCCAGCCAGGGCAACCACUGGUCUCCUGGUUGUCCACAUGGAAGGGGAGGAUGUCAGGAUUUCUUUCAGUGACCCUCUAUAUGAAGGACUUGUGAUGGAAGAUUGUGAAGCAGGUACUUCCAUUGUGACUGUAAAAGCUUUGGCUGCUGAUUCAAUUCAGGACAGUAUUGAAUAUUCAAUUUUUAGUGGAAAUGAAGAUAAGAUUUUUUCCCUGGACUCCCAAUCAGGACAACUCACUGUCAGAAAAUCCAGGUUUCUUGAUUUUGAAGUCAGGAACGAAGUACAGCUCAUCAUUGUAGCUGAAAGCAGCGGGCAGAGAGCCUACAGCAAAGUCAAAAUCUUGAUCCAGGAUAUGAAUGAUAACCUACCCUGCUUUGGGCAAAGUGUCUACUGGGCAUCAGUGUCUGAAGGCCAGAGCCACAAAGCUCACGUCAUACAGGUUUUUGCUACUGACCCAGACAGUGGUUUGAAUGGUCUCCUUGAGUAUUCCGUCAUCGCUGGCAACCACGGAGAGGUGUUCUGGAUUGAUGCACAGCACGGUGUGAUAAUGACGAAUGCAGUUCUGGAUUAUGAGGCUUGCAGCUCCUACAGCUUAAUUGUGCAAGCUAAAGAUGCAGGGACACCCAGCCUUUCUGCUACUACCGUGGUCAACAUACAGGUGAUUGAUCUGAAUGACAACGCCCCAUCUUUUCUUCCCCCCAAGGCAGUGGAAAUUGCAGAAAAUUCCUUGCCUGGUACAGUUGUGUCUCGGGUAUCAGUUCAUGAUGUGGAUUUGAAUCCAGCCUUCAUCUUCAAUUUCAUCAAAGAGAGUGAUCCUGGAAACAAGUUCACUAUUGAUCAGAAUACUGGAGAAGUGCUGUUGGUGAAACAAUUGGAUUUUGAAGAAGCUAAUGAACAUAAGCUGCUCAUUCAAAUUUCUGAUUGGGUGCACAUCGCAGAGUGCGUGCUCACGGUCCAGGUGCUGGAUGUCAACGACAACCCACCAGUGUUUUCUCAGGAUUUCUAUCAGGUCACAAUUCCUGAAUCGGUACCCGUGGGAUACUCAGUGCUGACCGUGUCUGCCACAGACAUAGAGAGCAAGGAGAACAUUUCUUACAGGAUGAUUUCUUCAUCUAAGCACUUCUCAAUUGAUCCAAAGAAUGGCACAAUAUUUAUUACCAGUCCAGUAUUACUUCUGGAUGAAAUAUCCACAGUUCAAUUCCUUGUUGAAGCCAGUGAUGAAGGAAUUCCUAAGCUGAGGGCUCUUGCCUUAGUGGAGGUAAAAAUUCGAGAUGUCAAUGACCACGCCCCAGAGUUCACAGUAGAAUGCUAUAAUCAGAGCUUGAGUGAAGAUACCGCAAUCGGAAGCACGGUGCUCACAUUCUCCACCCUUGACCAAGACUGGACCCGUGAAAACACCUAUGUUGAGUAUUCCAUCCUUGGUGGUGAUUCACAGAAUCAUUUCUAUGUGGGAACCAGCUUCACUGAUUCAGAACAUCCUUCUCAACAAGCUGGUUAUCUCAUGCUGCUUCACAGUCUGGACCGAGAAGUGGCUGCCAGCCACCAGCUUGUCAUUCUAGCAUCUGACCAUGGCUGCCCUCCACUGAGCUCCACGGCUGUUGUGUCCAUAGAAGUCCUGGAUGUCAACGAUAACCCUCCUGAGUUCAGCAGCGUACAGUAUCAUGCCCAGGUCAAGGAGAGUACCCCUCCAGGGAGUUCCGUCACUGUGGUCUCAGCAAGUGACCAGGACACAGGGUUACGAGCACAGAUCAUCUACCAUAUCAUCUCUGGGGAUGAGAAGGGGCAGUUUCACUUAGAAAAAAACACUGGCAUUCUCUAUUUGAUGAAGCCUCUGGAUUACGAGGACAGGAUCCAGUUUACACUAACUGUCCAAGCUGCAAAUGAAGAAACGGAACACUUUUCCUUUGCAAGUGUCUUUGUCAAUGUCCUAGAUGAUAAUGACCAUGCACCUCAGUUUCUAUUCUCAAGCUUGAACUGUGCAGUUCCUGAAAACCUGCCUGUUUUCUCCACCCUGUGUUCAGUGAAUGCCUUGGAUUUGGAUGCCGGUCCCUAUGGAGAGCUGACCUAUUCCCUGCCCUCACCUUGCCAUGUCCCUCCUGGAGUGCCUCCUGGGUAUGAUCUCUUCCGCAUUGACCCUCUCACAGGAGAGAUCUAUGCUAAGCAGGCCUUAGACUAUGAAAACAGCAGUAAAUACUGCCUCAUGGUGGAGGCCAAAGACAAAGGUGAUGCGACGGCUUCCAUGAUGGUGUGGGUGGAUAUUGAGGGGAUAGAUGAAUUUGAACCUGUUUUCACACAAGAUCAAUAUUUUUUCCACCUGCCAGAAAGCAAUGAAGUCAGCCCGCUGAUUGGCAGAGUGGAAGCCUCGGAUGCAGAUGCCGGGCUCGAUGGGGUUGUCCUUUACUCCCUUGGCACUUUUUCUCCUUUCAUUUCAGUAAACGCAACCACAGGACACAUUUAUUUGGUGAGAUCUGUUCCCCUUGUCCAAAGUCAAGUGAGCAAAGAUACCAUGCUCGAAGUGAGCAUACUUGCUCACAGCCCCAAGGUGGACUCCAGGACUGCCAUGUGCACUGUUUUUGUGAACAUGUCCCUUCUCCAGGAAGGACGGCACUCUGUAGCCACCCACAGCAGCUUCUUCAUCAGCCUUGCUGUCUCUGUUCUAGUGUUUCUGCUCCUUGUCUGCAUUCUGUUGAUGUUGAUUUUAAGACACAAACAGAAACACACAGUUGACGAUUACAAGAAAACAUUGCCUCCCUUGGAUGCAAGUCUGAGACCAAGUGCAGAUGCCAGUGUGUUCAAGACCUUCCACAAAGACAAUGACUGCAGGGUGGAGGUGGUGCCUGUGGACCACACGCCUGAGUGGUUGGGCUUGCUAAGUGUCAUGGAGAAGGACUUGACCACUCUGUACCGGCACUCCAACUCCAGUGGCCACUGUUCCGUGGAAGGAGAAACUGCAGAAGAUAAGGAAAUUCAAAGGAUCAAUGAACAUCCUUAUAGAAAGGACCUGGAUUCAGCUCUCAGUGACAGAGAGUCCCGGGUGCCCGACUCGGGAAUCCCCAGGGAUUCAGACCAGCUUUCGUGCCUGUCUGUGGAAACGGAUGUGACACUCACUGCUGAGGCAACAGACGUCAGCUCCAUGAUGGAGGGAGGAGAUCGAGGAGCCAACCGCAACACCACUUGUGCACCCAAAAAUGGGUCGCCCCAGGCCCUUCAGAAAGGAAAGACCAAAAAGGACAUCCCAGUGGAUGUUACAGGUGACUGCCUGUCUGUUCCAGGUGAUCGGGCAGCAGCAGGGUCAGCUCUUACGACUCUGAGAACAGCUGACCCUGAGGGACAAAGCAGCUACCCUUGCGAUUGCCUCCUGAGUUGGGAACCCAAGUUCCAGUCGCUGUCCUCAGUAUUUUAUGACAUAGCAAAGCUCAAGGAUGAGCAUUCACAGGGGCCUGGCAUGGGCAAGGGGAAGAGCUCUGGUGUUUUCCCACCACCUUUGAUAACGGCCAUAGCGCAGCCAGGGAUUAUAGCGGUUCCACCAAGAAUGCCAGCUGCUCCCCCAGGGCACGUGCUUCAGAGACACCUCUGUUCUCCUGUUCUCUACCAUCUUGCCUCAAUGACAGAGACCAGAACUCCCAAUUUUUCUCCAUCUCUUUCCAUGCUGACCCUCCAGAACCCUGCCCUGUCUCCACUGCUGUCAGAUGGAGACAUUUUAGGAACACAUGUGAACGGUACCCACCCUGAACUGAAAGCAGAAGAUGAAGUGCAAAUAUAA